UGACUCGAACUAAACGAAGAGGAUGACUUUGGCGACUUUUCGCUGCUUCUUCUGAUUUUGCGCGCAAUUACCGUUCUUCCACCCGUCAAGACUCUGACUUGACUUGGGUAAUCUUAGUUUUUCUCUCUAUACUUACAAAACGUAGAUGGUAAACAAUUAUAUGUUUCGGCCUGGAGGAAUUGUCUGGUCUGGCAAAGCAGCAUGGCUUCCCUGCAAGGAAAUAAGGACUGCUAUGCUUUGGUUCUUCUCAUUAUCGUUUCAUUCUACACAACCCAUGCAGUCGAGCAGAUGGUGACAUGAUAGGAGUAUGCUAUGGAAUGCUUUCAGACAGUUUGCCUUCUCAAAACGAGGUGGUGAAUCUGUUGAAGUCGAACAACAUAGGAAAAGUGAGAUUAUACGAUGCAAAUCAGGGCGCGCUGGAGGCUCUUCAGAAUUCUGGAAUAGAAGUGAUUGUGGCAGUCGGUAAUGCUGAGGUUGAGAAGAUUGCAGGUGAUCAAGCUGCAGCAAACGGAUGGAUGAAUGACAAAAUUACAGCAUUCUAUCCUUCUGUCGACAUCAAAUACAUUGCAGUGGGAAACGAGGUUUUUGCAAAUAGAGCAUACGUUUCAUAUCUCCUGCCUGCUAUGAAAAACAUUCAGACGGCAUUGAGAAACGCCAAUCUGCAGAACGACAUCAAGGUCUCUACACCACACGCAAUGUCCGUGUUGAACAGUUCAUUUCCUCCCUCUCAGGGAACAUUUGGUGAGGAUAUGAGUUCUAUACUUCAGUUUCUGUCAGAUAAUGACUCCCCUUUCAUGGCCAAUGUCUAUCCAUACUUCAGCUACAAAGACAACCCGGAUUCAAUUUCUGCAGACUAUGCAUUGUUCAGAUCGAUGAGUACUGUGGUGAACGAUGGCAGUCUAAUGUAUAACAAUUUGUUCGAUGCUAUGGUAGACACUUUUAUAUCUGCUAUGGAAAAGCUGGGACAUUCCAAUAUUCCAAUUGUGAUAACUGAAACCGGGUGGCCUUCUGCAGGCAAUGUCGUGGCUACUGUGGACAAUGCCCGAACUUACAACAACAAUCUCAUCAAGCAUGUUUUGUCCAACGCCGGAACGCCAAAGAGACCUGGAAGGGCAAUUGACACGUAUAUUUUUUCACUGUUCAAUGAGAAUCAGGAGGUUGGAGAUGAGGAGGAGCGCCAUUUUGGUCUGUUUGAAACCAAUAAAAUUCCUCUAUACACAGUGUCCAGCUCACCUGAAAGUUCCAGGGGUUUGAAAGUGGUGUAUAUAUAUCUAACGGUAGUCUAGAAAAUUAUUUUUUAAACUAAAAUUGUCAGCACCUCCAAAACAGAGGAAAACAGAGCAUUGCUAGACCACAAUUUAUUAAAUUAAUUUGCAUUGCAAAUUAAAAUUACUAUUUACAAAUUCAUACCACAAUCUAACUCUAAUUUUCAGUUGAUGAUCGAUUCGUUCUUUGUGUCUCGAUAGAAAGCCCAUUUUAUU